AUUAUGAGAUUACUUUAAUUUCUGCCCAGUGAAUGGCAGAGACAUUUAAAUAAGGGAGUACUGUAGAUGCAUAGUAAAGAUAGCACUUUUUAACACGAAAUAUUCAUCGCCAAAAAUAAAAAUAUUAAUACUACAAUUACGUUUGUCUGCUGUCGCUUCGGGCAUAUAAACUGUAUUGAUUGGACACUGAGAUCGUUUCCAGAAAAUAUGAUGAAUGUGCAAAAUGAGACUUGUACCAAAAUAGAAUAUGUAAUCUCUGUUUAUAUUAGACUUAACUAAUAGGAGAAAUAGAAAAAAAUAAUCGAGACCAGUAUUUACUUCAGUAAAACGUUUCUUAGACUCACGUGUUUUCAAGGGAUGACUUUUGCAGAAAACAGGAUCAGUGAUGGAGUACCAUACGUAAAUGUGAUUAUAAAAAUGAUGUAGGCCUGCACUGAAUUUAAAGCAACCAGCACUCAUUACAUUUUGUGACUUACUGAGUACGAUUGAGCAACAACAUAAAAAUGAAUUUGGAUAUGAUUGGCAAAACGUUACAGAUAAGGGAGACAACAACAUGGGCACAGAUACAGAAGAUCAAGCCUUGAAAAACAAACGCGUGUAAAAGGACGUGUGGAAGGACGUGCUUUUUGAAAGCACCACACUUGGACGAGAUGUUCAAUGAAUACCAAAACAGGACAUUAGUUAGCGUUGCAAAUGCCAACCGUUUUGACAACAAACUUGGCCUUAUAAUUUUAGUGACAACAAUGUCGUUGUUCUGUCUGUUUGCGAUAGGUGGCAACGUUGUGAUAAUAGUGACGGUAUUUUGUAGCAGACGACUUCGUGAUACGACAUCGGCGUUUCUGCUUAACCUUGCACUCAGUGACCUGAUGGUUGGGGCCCUUGUCAUGCCCCUGGUCAUUAGCAACUUGUUCCUUGGCAACACAUAUGAUGUGGCGGGUUGCAAGAUAGCUGGUUUCCUGACAAGCGUAUGCUGCAUCGGUUCAGCUCUGAGCCUUGCUUCAAUCUCAAUGGAUCGCUACCAGGCAAUCAUCAACUGCUUCGAGUACACCUCUCGCUCCAGCAUCAAAUACAUCACCAAAGUCGUAAUCUGGAUAUGGACACAGGCCGUUAUAUGUAGCACUUUACCAUUGCUAGGUUGGGGCAAUAUAGACUACAGAAAGUUCAGGUACAUCUGUAGCAUAGAUUGGACGUAUCAUCUGAGUUACGCCAUAUUUAUGUUGGUGACCUGUUUCGCAUUUCCAUUGAUGGUUAUCACAUACUGCUACGUUAAGAUUAUAAAGGUGGCGCGGCAGCAUGCUAGGCGUAUCGCUGAUAUCUCAAUCCAGUUAACCAGGGAUAACCAUAACAGCCCAACCACUGGGACAAACUCAGGUGCUCUUGCAUUAGCCAUGUUAGACCCAAUCGCAAGGAUAUCCAUGUUCAAUAGCACACACUCGGGGGAGAACUUUUCACAAGUAGAUCAUGAAGAAAACAGUGUCGCAAGCAAUGCUGACUUUGAUCAUGACACAACAAGCACGACAUCAAAUGUCGGUCAGUCAAAUACGAAAAAGAGCCUUAAGGCAACGUUACGAUUGUUCGCGCUGAUCCUCGUAUACCUCAUCUGCUGGUUUCCCUAUGUCGUUGUCAGUAUGAAAACGACCAUUGAUAACCAUACUGGCCAUGAUCCCUCCACGCCUGAGAUACAUGCUAUAGCUACAUGGCUUCUUUUGAUGAACAGCGCUAUAAAUCCAUACAUAUACACAAUGACAAAUAAACGAUUCCGCCAUACAUUGAAGAGAAUGCUACGUGGACAGAAGAAAAGGAAACGUGUUAAGCACACACGAUUCCGUGAAGCAGAUACACGACAUCACAGCAUGGCAUCCAAUGCGACUAUCACCACCAAAACAACCAGAUCUUCAUCUGCAUUUAGUGCAGCCAGUGACAGCGCAUACAGGAACAGUAUCUGUACAUCUGAGAUCACUCAGGACUCCUACAUAAGCGACCUCAGGCAAGUGGAAGCUGAUUUAGCACCACUUCCAAAACGAGGAGGAUCAGUCUCAAUGACAAACUCAUCAGGGCAAUUCUUAGAAGUUCCUAAAUUAAAUUAUGGCGGGGUUGAGCAAGACACUUUAACAUAUGACAAAGCAAGGAGUCAAUCUAUCACAGCAGAGAGUUCUUUGUUGGUAGAUUUACACGCCGUGCGAGCAUUACACGAGAAAAAACACACAUCGAGGCGUGUUUCUGCAGAUCCCGUUCUAGCACCCUCUAGGGUGAGACUAGAAAGUAUUGACGAGGACUCAGAGCCAAGUCCAACAAAACAGAAUCCAAUCGCACAAUCUACAUGUGUUAUAACAGAUCUUAUUUGAAAUAAUAAAUAAAUUAUAUCAUUGUUGUAAAAAACUUAAUGCUCUUUUACCAUUAUUUCACUGUUAGUUUCAGGUUUUUAAGAAAUGUCCAUUUUAUAAGUAGGACAAUUGACUUUAAAGGGUAUCUAUAUUUACAAUGAACCUAAGGCCAUAUACAAACACAUGUCUCUUAUUAUUUUAAAGUUCCCGUGUUAAUGAUUGUUUA